AAAUUUUUAGCAGAUUCUAAUGACUUCAAGAAUUGUCUAUAGGCAAACUUUUAGAUUAAAAUUUGUUUAUCCAGUUUUUUUUAAUAAAUACCAUAACAAAGGUAAAAACUCAGUAUAACGGCCAUAAUUUCAAAAAGGCAAUGCAUAGAGAAGAAUCAUUGUAAGUUUCUUCUAGUCUCAACGGACUCUACGUAAUGACUGGGAUCUGAUAGCAAAUGUUAAAUUUCAUCUCUGAUAAUUUUCUUGUAAAUAAAAUACAUUUUUGCUGCACCAAAUUGAAUGAAUAUUAUUAAUUAUAUAAAUCUGAAUAAUUCAUCGAAUGUCUUUUUGUUUUUCCUUUUUUGUUUUAGACUUGCUGAAUUUCUUGGUGAAGAUGUUAUUAAAGAUAAAGGUCUUUGUUGUCGUUUUGUUAUAGCUAAUGUACCACGUGAUACACCUGUUACUGAACGUGCUAUUCCAUUAGCUAUAUUUCAAUCUGAACAAUCUAUACGUAAUCAUUAUUUACCUGAACAUUUACAUACACAUCCAUGGCAAAUAAUAUCAUAUGAAUUAACUGAUCAAAUAGGUAUAUUUAAAGCUUGGUGUUUAGUUGAACAUGAAUUAAUACAAAUUAAAAUAAAAGUUCCAAGAAUAGUUUAUGUUAAUUAUCGUACAUCAAUUGAAAAUAAUAAUAUCCAAGCACAACAUUCAAUUGGUUAUGAACAUACAAUUAAUAAUUGUUCAAAACGUGUUAAUCGUUUAUUACCACGUUGUUCACAAAUAUAUUAUUUAUAUGAAUAUCGUUUGGAUGAAAAUCAUUUUCGUGAUUAUUAUACAGAUAUAAUGACUGAUUUAAGUAAUCCAAAUAUUGAAGGUGUUUAUGAAAUGAAUUUACCAUUAGAUUUUCGUUUACUUAUUACACUUGGUUGUAUAUGUUCAUUACGUAAAGAACAACAACGUACAAAUAUACUUUCAA